GCAAGCUACAGCAGGCCGUCUGAACUCUUGAGUGCACAACAAUAACAAGCGACCGAGCGAUUGGCUCCGUCUUCUUCCUGUUGAGAAAAUUUUUGAUCUUAAAUGGCCGUGUCGACCGACUUGUGUUUAAAACGUACCGAUACCAAUGAACAUAACGUACACGCGGGGACUUAGUGAUUGGAGAGACAGUAUUAGCUGAAGCAUUUAGUCAUGUAACUAUUAAUUAUAAUUUAAAUUAUAUUAUAAUAUUAAACCAGUGUGAUAUUAAUGUUACGACACAUUUUGUUAAUUUUUUAAAAAGACAAGUGCGUAUUUUCGUUUUUUUUAAAUAUUAAAACCGUUUUGCAUUGUGUUUACAAAUAAACGUGUUUGUUAUUCGAUAAGUGCUCGUGUAGCCGUAUAUAUAUUUAUAUAUAUUUGUAUUUAUUCGUUGAACCUAUAUAAGAUAUAACUGAUAUACUAUAUAGUGGUAUUCAUAUCCGUUUAUCCGACAAAUAUGAUCAUCGAAAUGAAGCCAGUUACCGUAAAAAAAGGAGACCAGAUGAAACAGAAUAAGUUGACUAAGGAAAUUCUUGAUGACCUUAGCUGUCGGUUUAUAAUCAAUGUUCCUGAGGUAGAACGACAAAAUUUGAUACGGAUUUGUUUCCAAAUCGAACUGGCCCAUUGGUUUUACAUCGAUUUUUAUUGUGAUGAACAUAAUUUAAAACCAUAUGGUAUCAAUCAAUUUGCACAACAUAUGUUUCGGCAUAUACCAUUUUUGAGAAGUCGUGAAUCCCAGGUUUUGGAUGUGCUUAAAGAAUGGCGUGAAUAUAAAAGAUCAGUACCAACAUAUGGUGCUAUUCUACUAAAUGAAGAUAUGACUCAAGUAUUGUUGGUCCAAAGUUAUUGGACCAAAACAUCAUGGGGAUUUCCAAAAGGCAAAGUGAACCAAGACGAAGAUCCAUUAAACUGUGCAGUUAGAGAAGUUUAUGAAGAAAUUGGUUACGAUAUUGGCAGUGUGAUUAACAAGGAUGAUUACAUUGAAACUGUGUUGAAUGAUCAGAUAAAUAGAUUAUAUAUUGUGCCUGGAGUCAGCAUGAAAACAAAAUUUUCACCUCAAACACGGAAUGAAAUUGGAUCAAUUGAGUGGUUUGCAUUAGAUAAAUUACCAUCUAAUCGUAGAGAUCAUAUAGCUGCCAAGAGUUUAAAUAAACAUUCCUUUUACAUGGUGUUACCAUUCAUCAGACAAUUGAAGACUUGGGUGGUUAAAAAAAGGAUAAAAGGAAAGCAAAAUGUCAAGCCACCCAAAAAUUCUAAACAACCUUCCAAGAAUUCUAAAUUGCCUUCAAAGAGUUCUAAAACGCUGGCUGAAAAUCCUAAGAUGGUGGCGCAAAAGAGUUCUAAAUCAUUAUCUGAGAACCUUAAAUCGGUGCCUGUGAAUCCUAAAUUGCCACCCAAUACCUUAGAGUUAAUUGAUCCCGCCAUCAUUUUUACUCCGGAUAGAAAAAAAGAAAAUACAAGUUUCCUUACUUCUCAGACUCAAGAAUUUUUUGCUAUGUUCCCGGAACGAUACAGUUCACCAAAAUCUCCGAUUAUAGUGCCCCAACCAAGUACACCUAUACAACAAUCUCCUUCUCCUUCAACUACAGCUGAACCUAAUGCUAUUUCGGAAGCCAAACUUAAAGAAUUCUUCGCCAUGUUCCCUCAAUGUUUGGACGUCUCCAAAUCCCCAGUUGCGCAAAAAGAUACUGUUGCUCCUGUUCAGGUGACCGAAAAUAAAAGCAGAAUCAAGAAAACAAGUCCUUGGCCGGAGUUUAAAUUUAACACAGCUGAAAUAAUGAAAUAUUUUUAAAUACCUUUGACUUCAACUCCCUCACCCCACCUAUCAUCAAUUGAAACAUUAUUGCUAUUGGCAAGUUUUUAACAAAACAACAUUUUUAUUUUAAAUUCAUUAAUUUUUUUUCUCUUUAUCAUUUCAUUCAAUAGUUUUUCUCAGUAAAACUAAUAACAUUAUUUUCUUUUCUUUUCUAUUUCUCAAAGUAAAUAUUAUAAAAUGAUAUUUAUUUAUACAAUAGUAUAUAAUAGCAGGUAUAACUCAUACAAUUGCAUGGUUAUAUAAAAUAUAUUUUUUGUUUAUUUAAGUAUUAUUUGAAAUCCUUUCAUUAUUGACCAACUAUUUUGUUUUGUAUUCUCUUUCUGUAAACGUUAAAUUCAAACAAUUUUUAAAUGUACUUCUUGAUUUAUUGUCACUACAUAAUUAUUAUUUUUUGAUAAAUUUGUUGUGAAUCCAAUAAACCAAUUCACUUUUUCCCGUA